AGAAAAUAAAAAUGAAGUUUCUCCUAUAGAGCUUCACUUCGUCUCUUUAGCUGCAGCUUGAUCGCACUGGUGUGACAUUCAAAUCUAGUCAUGAGCAAAAACUACCUGUCCAAAAAUGAUGAGCUCCACAAGGGAGACUACCUGAUCUCUAACAACAGGGAGUGGAAGGCGGUUUUUCAGGAUGAUGGGAACUUUGUCGUCUAUGGCUGGAAGCCUGUGUGGGCAUCAAACACUGCAGGAACAGAUGCCAUGCGCUUGUGCAUGCAGGCUGACUGCAACCUGGUCAUGUACAACAAGGCUGACGAAGCCAAGUGGCACACAAACUCUGCUAAAAGCCAGUGCAAAAUGUGUCGUCUUCAAUUGACCAAUAAUGGCAAAUUGGUGGUGUACAGAGAAGGUGAUGAUAUCUGGACCUCUGCUUGAUUCCAAAAACAUUGAUUAAUGCAUCUGAAAUUAAUUAAAUGUGAAAAUUAAUUUUGGAAACCAUGUCAAGUUUUAAUUGCUGAUGGGUAAUUAAAAUACAUUUUUGACAA